AUGUUUUAGGACUCAGUGAUUUUUGAGGAUGUGGCUGUGAACUUCACCCUCGAGGAAUGGGCUUUACUGAAUUUUUCACAGAAGAAACUCUAUAGAGAUGUGAUGCGGGAAACCUUGAGGAACCUGGCCUCAGUAGGGAGGAAAUGGGAAGAUCAUGACAUUGAAGAUCAGUACAAAAAUCAGAGGAGAAAACCAAGAAAUCAUGUGGUAGGAAGACUCUGUGAAAAUAAAGAGGGUAGUCAAUGUGGAGAAAACUUCUGCUUUAUUUCAAAUCUCAGUCUGAACAAGAAAACUGCUGGAGUGAAACCACAUGAAUGCAGUGCAUGUGGAAAAGUCUUCAUGCAUCAUUCAUCCCUUAAUAGACACGUGAGAUGUCACACUGGACAUAAACCAUAUGAAUAUCAGAAAUAUGGAGAGAAGCCAUAUAAAUGUAAGGAACAUGGGGAAGUCUUCCAUUAUCUCCAGUAUUUUGAAAAACAUGAAGGAAAUCACAAUGGAAAGAAAACCUAUAAAUGUAUGGAAUGUGGGAAAACCUUCACGUGGCUCAGGAGUUUUCAAAGACACAAAGUAACGCACCCUGGAAAUUCUCCUCAUAAAUGUAAGGAAUGUGGCAAAACCUUUAUUUCUUCAAAUUCUCUUCAAAUACAUGAAAGAACCCACACUGGAGAAAAAUCCUAUCAAUGUAUACAAUGUGGAAAAGCCUAUAGAUACCAUCAAAAUUUUCAAACACAUUUAAGGACUCACACAGAAGAGAAACCGUUUGAAUGUAAAAAAUGUAGUAAUGUUUUCAUUUGUCCUGGUUCUCUUCGGAAACAUGAAAGAUUUCAUACUGAGGUGAAACCCUAUGAAUGUAAGCAAUGUGGUAAAGCUUUCUGUUCUCACGUAGACUUCCAGGUACAUGAAAGAAAUCAUACUGGAGAAAAACCCUAUGAAUGUAAAAAAUGUAGUAAAGCAUUCAGCUUUCUCAGUUACCUUCGAAAACAUGAAAGAACUCACACUGAAGAGAAACACUAUGAUUGUAAAUAUUGUGGUAAAGCUUACAGAGAUUACAGAUUCUUACAAAUACAUGAAAGAACUCAUACUGGAGAGAAACCCUAUGAAUGUAAACAAUGUGGUAAAGCCUUCAGUUAUUAUAGUUCCUUGAAAAUACACAAAAGGGCUCAUACUGGAGAGAGACCCUAUGAAUGUAAGGAAUGUGGGAAAACUUACAGAUAUUACAAUUCCUUUCAAACACAUGAAAGGACUCACACAGGAGAAAAACCCUAUGAAUGUAAACAAUGUGGUAAAGAUUUCAGUUCUCAAAGAGGUUUCCAAGUACAUGUAAGAAAUCACACUGGAGAAAAACCGUAUGAAUGUAAAGAAUGUAGUAAAGCAUUCAGCUGUCCCAGUUCUCUUCGAAAACAUGAAAGAACUCACAGUGGAGAGAAACCUUAUGAAUGUAAGGAAUGUGGGAAAGCCUUCAUUUGUCACACAAACUAUCGAAGGCACGUGAAAAUGCACACUGGAGAGAAACCCUAUGAAUGUAAACAGUGUAAUAAAGCAUUUGUGUGUCCCAGUUACCUUCGCAAACAUGAAAAAACUCAUACUGGAGAGAAACCCUAUGAAUGUCAACAAUGUGGUAAAGCCUUCAGUUAUUACUAUUCCUUACAAACACAUGAAAAAACUCAUACUGGAGAGAAACCCUAUGAAUGUAAACAUUGUGGUAAAGCCUUUAGUUAUUACCAUUCCUUUCACACACAUGAAAAAAUUCACACUGGAGAGAAACCAUAUAAAUGUAGUGAAUGUGGAAAAGCCUUCAUUUGUCACUCAAACUGUCUAAGACAUGUGAGACUGCACAGUGGAGAACCAUAUAAAUGUGAAGAAUGUGGGAAAGCCUACAGUCAUCUUAAUUCCUUCAGAAGGCACAAAAAGACUCACUGGAUAAUCCUGAAUGUAAACAGCAUGAGCUGUGGGUUUCCACUGAUGUCUUUCCAAGAUCCACAUCAAAGAUCCAUUAAAGUUUGGAUUUUUUGUGCCCACUUGCCAGUGACCUUCAUGAUUACACCUGUAGCAAAGAGAGGAGGGUAAUGAAUUCUGAUAAUAA